UUGGCCCCAUUAUCAAUCAUGCUGACUGACAAAUAGUGAAAAUAAGCUAUUUUCAGUGAGUUCCAUUAUCUACCAGGUUACUUUAUUGGGUUCGUGAGAUAUCAAACAAAACGUGAAGUAAAUGAAGUUGUAUGAUAAAAUAAGAUAAAAUAAUAAUUGUAUCGCAAACAACGAUAGAUAGUAUUACAUUACAUGAUGGAAAAUGUUCACCUAACAAUUUUUUAAGAGUAAAGAAAUUCAUCUGUGAUUAAUUGAUCUUUAAUGUUUUUUGAUGCUUCAUUUAAGUGUUGAGUUAUUUAUUGGUGUGCAAAAAUGGAUUUAAUUUCAUAUCUUGAAUCAUUAGAUUCACCAACACUGGAUACUGAUUAUGCUUUACAAAGUGACACUUCAGCUGCUCUACCAUUACCUCAGCCUUCAUAUCCGAACGAAACUCUUUCCCUUUUAGACACUUGUUGUUCCGAUGCAGAUACUGUUCAAAGUAACUUACUUGAUAUUGGUGAAUUUAAUAAUCAAAGCAAUGAAGGGCAACAGUUUUUUGAUUCAUCAAUAGAGAAUUGGUUCAGCUCUAAUGAUUGCAACAACCCAUCAGAUAGCUUGUACGCUAUUGAAAGCAUAAAUUCGUCCACAUUGGAUACAGACCAUUCUUCACAAUGUGAUACUUUAGCUGUUCAACCAUUACCUAGGCCUUCAUAUCCAAAACGAAGUCUAGCUCUUUUGAAAGCCUUUUGUUCCGAUGAAGAUACUGUUAAAAUCUAUCUACAAAAUGAUGAUUUGAAUAACUACAACAAUGAAGGACAACAAUUUUUUGCUUCACUAAUAAGAAAUCUUAAUUCUUUCAUGCAACAUUGUCCCAAUUCCACUGACCCAAACAAACCCUCCGAUCGCAUGAGUAUUAUUGAAAACCUAUCUCCAGUUCCAGUUCCUAUUUCAUCAUACUUAUCUACUGAUCCACUGGCCGUUGAUUCUCUUCUCCUGUACCCCAAUUACAAUGAUCUAAAAUUGAAUUUUAUAUUUCUCAUUAAACGUGGAUACAAAUUGAGCUUGUCAUUAAACACGGAUAAUAGUGAAAUUGAUGAGCCAUGGAAUCCUGAUGUUGGUCAAAAAAUCCUGUCUGUUUAUUUUUCUUCAUUGAGUUUGAGAAAUGAAUACUUGUCCAAUGAUGCAAAACUAGAUGGGUUUCAAUCAAUUUUGAUGAAUGAAGCGUGUUCCGCAUUUAAGGGUAGGAAAUGCUUGAAUUUAUUUGCAAAUUUGUAUGACAGGACGCGAUCAAAAGCCAGUCCAGAUAAACUUAUUUCAAUAUGUAAUGGAAUUAAAGGAUUCAGAAAAAUUGAAACCAUCGAUAAAAUGAUUCUGCUAUCCAACAUAUAUUAUCAUCUUCACAUUAUGGACGCUGUUAUUAACUACGAUCCGACAAUUGACGGCUGGGAUUAUCCAGCAUCUGACGUCAAAUAUGAUCGACGAGACACGUUUCUCUUCAGUCAAUCUUUUCAUGAUGGACUUAAUUACGUAAUCGAAACCUUUCCCGAUCGAUUCAGAAACGAUAUCAAUGCCAUUAUUCUCAUGUAUCUAAUCGUUAUUUUCAAUGGUGACAUAACCGGAUUGAAACAUCCCGAAAUGAUCAGAUAUGAACAAUUCUCAUACAUUUAUUUACUUCGACGUUAUUUGCGGACAAUUUGUGAAUCUGAUUGUGAAGCUUCAGACAAUUUCUACAGAUUGAUGGUUAAAACUGAACAGAUGAGACUUUUAGCCAGAAAAGUCAAGAAGGAUUUCUUGCUUCUGUUAAAUGAGCCGUUGGUGGAAACAAUAACGAAAUCAAUUAAACUUCGAGUGCCUAAAAUUAUCCCUCAAAUUUUGCAGGUGCAACAUAUGAAUAUAUUAAUAUAAAUAAAAAUUGUUGAUUUACGCAGUUCUUAUCACGUCAAUGCACUGUUCACGGUUGAAUUUAAUCAAAAAAAUGAAGAGGAUUGCAAAAGUGCCCUGUUUUUCAAUCAGAUCUAUAAAGAGCUGCAUGCUGAUGUUAAAAAUUAACUUCAUUUUCUUUAUAGUGUAUAUUGCUCAAAAUUCAGAGGGAAACUGCAGAUUUUGCAGAAGCCAACCGAUUUUUUGCAUAGAGACAUCAAGCAGUAUACGGUUUAAAUUAUCAAUUUUCUUUCAUAUUUUUUGUGAAAUGAGCCACUUAAUUCCUUCACUUUUGCUUAAUCUGUUCACCUUCCUUCAUUAAUCUACGAUUUUGUGUUCUCCUGCUGCAUUUAUUAGUAAUAUCAACACAUCAAGUUUGAAGCAUCAUGAGCACUCCGAGUGAUGAACAACUUUCUGGCCCAUCAAAUAGUGAUUUGUUAAAAGUUAGACCUCCAUCGUCCAUGACUAAUUCAAGUCUACCAAAGAGGCAUUCAAGGACAUCGAGUUUCUCUUCGAUAACUAGUGAUAAAAUUAUGUCAGCUACCAAAUCGGUGCCUGUGUCAACAGAAAUUUUGAACCCGAAUUCUGAUGAUUUAACUGUUGGUGACUGUAUUUGCGUUAAUGGAACAAAAUCUGGUAUUAUCAAAUUCCUUGGUAGUACAAGUUUUGCUCCUGGUAAAUGGGCUGGAGUUGAAUUAGCUGAUGCUUCUGGUAAAAAUGAUGGAUCUGUUAAUGGAGUUAAAUAUUUUACUUGAGAGCCCAAACAUGGCUUAUUUGUCCGUCCACAUCGUUUAACUUUAGACCCUAUUACACCUCCAGAGAAACCAUCGUCCACCGUAACAUCGCCAUCUCCAAUCAGUGAUGGCUUCAAAUCAUCAACUAAUCUCAUAACCAGUGUAACAAGCACCACUUUCGCUUCAUCAAGAAUCACAUCUUCAUCAGCCUCGAAUCUAAAAGUUGGUGAUAAAGUUAUGGUUAUCAAGUAAAGCCAAAGCAAGCUAAUCAACCAAGAACUAACAUUAGCAUGGUUAGACGGCCAAGUAUUAUAAUUUAUUAUAACUACCUCUAAACGCAGCGGAAUGGGUGACAGUCGAGAAUCUCUUGCAUCUAUUAACAGUACUAAUUCCCAUCGAUUGACCCGAUUAGGUUUUGGGAUGACUAGCAGCUAUAUGUGACCAAUGACAGACUCGCUAUCUUAAAACUAUUGAUGAAUUCAAUUUGAAAUUGAAGAGAAACCACGAUGAAAUGGAUAAAAUGAAAAAAGAUUUGAACCGGAUGAACGUAGAGUCCAAGAAACAUCAAUAUGGAUGAGAUUAUUAAACAGACAGUAAGCAAUAACGGUCAAUUGUAUACUAAUGGAUAAUUUACACAAAAGUGGAGAUGAAAGAAGGAAAUUAGAAGGUAAUCUCAACUCUUUAAGAGAUAAGCUCGAACGUGAAGAGGUGGAUUCUGAAAUGGUGAAGAUGAAAAAAAUGAUCCAGGAUAAGGAAGCCAAGGAAGUGACUUUGAUAAAUAAAGAAACGCAAUUGACUGAAUAAACCAUUACUUCACUGGAAAGACGUAUUGAUGAAUUGCUCAAAGCAAGUGGAGAUAACAGUGAACACUUAACUGAGGUGAAUCGGGAAUUGAA